AUGGUGGUGGAAAAAGAAGACUUGGCUGGUGGGCGGUGUGUGAAGGGCGGCGCGUGCUCUCCAAACAGCACGAUCUGGAGUUCGAGCGGGAAGAGGAGCGGUGGUGAGGUGUACGGUGACGUGGACAGGGCUUGCUCACGUGGCACCAGUGACGAGGACGAAGAUGACACAGACGACACUAGUUGUCCGAACAGAAGUGGUAGUAAUAAGGAACUGAGGCUGUCUAAAGAUCAGGCAGCCGUCCUUGAACAAACCUUCAAAGACCAUAAUACCCUCAAUCCCUUAAGGGCUACUCAGGUGAGUGGUUUAGGUGUCAGGGGGGGAGGAAGUAGGACAUAUGGGGCUAAAACUUUCCAAGAAGGAAAGUUUGUGGCAGAACAUAAGGGUGUGGAUUCUCAGGAGGGUAGAGAGGAGGGUAGUGAUCAGAUCAAGGAAGGGGAAAGAGUGGGGGAGGAAGUUCCUGUUAGAGAGAGAGAACCAGAGUCAAUAGGAGCUAUUCCAAAAAAUGAUAUUCAUAGUUGGAUGACUGGUGGAAACACUGUAGUGAGUCCCAGUGCUAGAGUAGGUUUGCAACUAGAGUUAGAAUCUGUUAGGAAUACAGGGGUUAAUAAUUCAGAUAUGAUGAAUUUAGAUAAUUUGGUGGUUGUUCCUGUUCAAGCAGUCACUAGCAGAAUACUUAAAGAUCUCCAACCUAAGCAAGAUCAAGUUCCUAGUAAUAGAACUCCUAAAAUAACAGUUAGGAAAACUGGGAAAGAUAAAAAUCUCACAAGUUCCAGAAUGUCUUCUAGCUUAGUCAAAUCUGAAGGGGUUAAAAGAAAAACUGAGAUGAUGAAUAUUGAUAUAUGGAAUGCUAAUUGGAUUAUUAAAUCUCCUUUGAUCAAACCUUUCUGCUGUUAUGGAGGUGACAGACACAGGUUGAGGAAAGUCAGUGAUUUAAGUAGAAGGGAUGAUGGUGGCUGGGAUGAAGAACUUAUAAAGCAAACUUUUUUACCAUUUGAAGCUGAGGAAAUACUGAAGCUCAGAGCUCCAACACAAGGAAAAAAGGAUCAAAUGGUCUGGCAUGUCUGUCCAAAAGGUCAAUUCUCAGUUAAACAUGUUUAUAAUUUUCUGGUGAACAGGAUAGUGGCUGCACAGGAUGUGCCAGAGACUAGUGACAAUGAGGUGGUGCUUAAGAAGACAUGGAGGAAAACUUGGGCUUUGCAAUUAGGGAAUGUGGGAUGUCCAGUAUUCCCCUGGGUCAUAGACUUAUCUGUAGAGGAGGGUCUGUGA